UCCCAAACUCACUAGUGUGUUUUUGACAUCGGUAAACGCAGUCGUGAACUUCGAAGCGGGCAAACAUACUUUUUAUUUAUAGUUUUAAUCGAAUAAAGUCGUGUGUCGUUUGUGAUACCUGUGCAAACCCGGGAUACAUUAAAUAUGAGUAUUGCUGCUCUGAUCCAAGCCGCUGAAUACAUCGAAAGGCGCGAUAGAGUGUUGUUUGUUGCAGAGGCUGAGCACGGGUACGCGUCGAGUUUGCCGGUGUACGACGAGGGCCGGGCUGGAGGCAGGCGGCCCAAGACCAAGAAAUCGCAGGGCAGUAGGACGACUCAUAACGAGUUGGAAAAGAACAGGAGAGCACACCUUAGAAGCUGCUUGGAAAAACUCAAGGAUAUGGUACCACUAGGCCCUGAAGCAUCACGACACACAACCUUAGGAUUAUUAACAAAAGCUAAAAGAUUUAUAAAGAGUUUGGAAGAAAGAGAGAAGCGACAUUCGAGCCACAAAGAACAGUUAGCGCGGGAACAGCGCUACCUGCGCCGGCGACUGGCGCAGCUGCGAGCGACGCCGCGCGACGUGAGCACGCGCAGCCUCUCAGAGAGCUCGAUGCCGCACGCGACGCGCGCAGACUCCCUGAGCUCGCUCGAGUCCUCCUCAGGGGUGUCGACCGCCGAAAGAUCGCCGUCCUCCGUCUCUGAGAGCGAUGAGGUGGACGUAAUUGGGUACACGUCAAACCAGAGCGACAGCGAGUCGCUGGUGUCGGGCCACAGCGCCGACAGCGGCGUGGGCGUGGCGGCGCGUCGCACGCGGGCUCGCUCGCCUGCGCCUGCGCCGGCGCCAGCCACCGCCCGCCCGCGCCGCGCGCAUCGCUCCACGAGGGUCUAGGUGGUUGGAGCGCGGCGCGUGCGCUGGCGGGCCCCGCCGAGCGUUAAGUUCGUAAAGUAAACAAUCGUAGAACAUUUUGUUGAUACAUUUACUAAGGCAAGUUGUUUCCGUGACUGAGCGGCCUCGCCGCCACUGCGCCCGCGCCGCACACAAGUACGAAAUGGCACCCAUGUUUUACAUAAAGGAGGGGGGGUUUUAUGUAAAACGAAUCACCAAUGUACUCUCUACCUGACGAGUGCUUACCGUGUCAUUCUCUUAUCGUUUCUUCUCAAGCUGCUAUGUUGUUCAGCUUGCUGCGCCUUCGUGAGGGUACAGGGCACACAUUCACUCUACCCCAUCACCGAGUACAAAAUUGCCAAAAAAAUAUAUUCAAAGUUUAUUUUUCAAUUACAGAUGAGUUAUAUUUUCUUUCUUGAGCGUGGCUCGUAUGAUCCGUUGCAAUAUCUAAUUAUUAUUAAGUAUAUAUUUCUGUACGCCGACUACUUAAUAUUCCAUUUUCGUGACGGCAUUCUAUUCCACAGUGUGUGACACUACCAAAUUCUGUAUGCAUAUUCUAUUCACUGUAAUUUCAUUAUUUUAAGAACUAUGCGCUUUGAUAACUCGAUUUUUUACUGUUACUUUUCUUGUUUAAUACAAUAGAUCAUUUAUUUUUCCAACGUCCAUUUUGUCACACAAAUCUAGCGAAAUAAGCAGGUUAAAAUCUGUUUUCUUUGUUCAAUGUGAAAAAUCGACUAUCAAUAUUUGCAGCAUUCUUUCUCUAAGAGCUUUUGUUACAAAUGACCUAAUACAUACUUUCGGGGUGUAUGCCGAUAAGGGACUUUCCAGGCUACAUUCACCAAAAACAAUUAGAUGGAAUUGUAUAGCUUUAUCGUGAUAAUUACCUCUCAUUACUCGGGUACAUAAUUAUUCCAAAAUACAAUGUAAUAGCAGAAGCAUACAUAAAAAAUAUUGUCGCUUGAUAUUUGGAUUACAUUAUGUAAAUCUUUAUAAAGAUAAAUGCAAUAAAAAGGGUCAUAAUUUAUACCCAAAAACAAAGAUAAAAGAUGCAUAUAGACAUAUGCAUGAAAUUAGAAGGUUAAACGAAUGAAAAACUGUACAGCGCCAUCUGAUGUUUUUGAGAAACGUAACCUGGAAAGUCCCUUAUCGGAUAUAUCGUACAAAUCACAUGCAUCUCUCAAGCCCCUAGAUUUUGUAUUGUCAUCUAUUUAUUAAAAUCAUGUUAUUUUUUUUUUAAUUUUAUUAUUGAUCUUCCUAUCGGAAAUGCUUGAAUAUAAAUUGUGCUGUAUUUGGAAAUGUGUUUUGGAAACUCUCUAGGUACUUACUGUUAUUUAUUUUCACAAAAAUGAUGUUGCUAUCGUGUAGCGAAUGUUGUAUAGAUAAAUAUCAAUUUUAUAUUUUGUAUAUAAUUAUUUUUCUUGUAUAAAUUAAUCAAAUAGUCUUAGAUGUGGAUGUUAGGCGGACAAUCGUGCUGUUACGAACAUUUUCUAUUUUCGGGUUCACACAAAACAAGGCCCACCAAAAAAAAUAUAAUUUUAGUACAUUUUUAACAGAAUUUUCCAUCAAUACGGAUAGGUACUAACUAUAUUUUUGGGGCUAUGAGAUAAUUAUUAGGUAAUAUUCACAUAGAUUGCUUCUGACACGACUCUCGUAUUUUGUUAUUGACGGCACAUUAUAAGCUCUGCAGUUAACCCUAUAUUAAAAAAAAAAUACAUGAGUAUAAAUCGAAUGUAGCAAACAACAUGAAUUUGUUGACUUGUUGAAGAAACUAGCUCUUAAUUUUAGGUAAAAAAUAAAAAAAGGUUUUUUUUAUUAAAAAUGUUUUUGAGGUUUACGCGGUUAUUAACAUAAUUAAAACACAUUAAUACCAGCUUUUUACCGCGUUAAAUCUCGGGAGUCUCAUAUACCUGAUUUAACGCGGUAAAAACCAGGUAUAAUAUGUUUUAAAAAAGUUUUUUUUGACUUUUCUUUUACACCUACUACCUCUAUCAUGUCAUGUUAUAUUAUGAUUAAUAUUCUUUUGUUUUUUUUUUUUUAAUUACGGGUUUACAGCAGCAGUAAAUAUGUGCCGAGCCCAACAUCACUGACUAACCCAUCGUAUUGUUAAGUAUUAUAUUGAAUGUUAAUGAUCUCACUUCAUUGUCACACGCCCAUUACAGUAAUUUGUCAUUGCUACUUGUUUUUGAUGUCGCCCAAUAUUUUUUUUACGCAGCUAAACUCCAUCAUAGAAAAGGUAUUUUAAUAGUCACAUUAAAAGUAAAAAAAAAUAACCAAUUCUAAAUUCUCUCUGUAGUGUUAAAAUUUUUGAUCAUAUUUUUUCAUCUUUAUAACGUAUGAUCAAAUUUUCUAAUGCUAGAAUAAGUUUUUUAGAAUAGGAUUAUUGUAUAAUUUACUUAUAAGUAAUGGAUAGAAAUGCCAUAAAUAUUUUACUGAUGGUUUCCAUCUUUAGUAAUAAACAAGCUGAAUGAUAAAUUACUAUCCUGGUUUUAUUAUUUAUGUGGAAUUUUACCAAAAAUAAUGUAACGGAACGAUAACCAUGCCAUGCUUACUAUACCUUGUAUGAACGGAGGAUUAAAUGCAUUAUAUUACGUUAUAGUGUAUUAUUAGUGUCGAUUCUGAGAGUGAAAACUUAGUUUUAAUUUAGUUACCCAGUCACAAAACUAGCUACAUCUUUUUUUUCGGAAUUUUUGGCCUGAUGACAUAGACCUUUAGGCCACUAGCUACAUCUCUUUCUUACACGUAUCGUAAGUAAAGGACAGCACUAUUUUUAAAACAGUUAAACUAAAUCAAAAUUAAGUUUCUUCGCCAAUUCAGCAUUAUUGUAACUUAAUUUAAAGAAUCUAAAAAGCAUGAUGCAAUGGUACUGUUACACAGGGUGUCAGUGACGUCGUAACGAAAACUUUGAGGGAUGAUUCAGGCCAUGAUUUUAAGUUAAUGUCAAGUGGAAUUUUCCGUCGCAAAAGUAUGGAACUGAAAAUAAUAAAAAAAAAUCACAAAACAUUUCAUGAAUUUUCCGACAGGAAAUUCCACUUGAUAUCAACUCAGAAUCAUGGUCUGAAUCAUCCCCCUUAGUAUUCGUUACGAUGUCACUAACACCCUGUAUAUAAUGUACGCGGUUAUAACCGUAUUCUUUUUUUUUAAGAUACAUGUACGACAGAAUGUAACAUCAUAAAACGCGUCAGUUUGUAUUAUAUUUUCAACUAUGGCAAUACCGACCACGGGCCUUCAAUCAAAUCUCACUCCUAAAGCGGCCCUUCUCAAUGUUUUAAUUUUUCUAACAUAACGAGUGAAAUUUUAUCAUCUACCAGUCAUUUAACAGGCGAUUGUAUUAAUUUUAGCAAUAUUUAAGAAAUCAACAAAGAACCUUAGUCAUUUUCUCAAAUACUUAUUGAUAUUUAGGUCAUUUGAAAUAUUGCUUCCUACAAGUUAAUAGAGACGCCUGGGAUUCAACUGGUUUAUGGUAAAAUGUCAGUCGUUGUACGCAUAAAAUAUUAUUGUAAAUUGUUUUAGGUAUGGAUGUUAUGAUAAGGAUAGUUGUAACGUAUUAUCAUUUGUAAGUAUAAUGUUUGUUUUAGAAAUGACAGUCUGAUCUCUUAAGUAAUGGAUGCGUGAUCGGUUACGGCACAGCCGUGGUUCCGUCGUGGGCGCCUCACUCCAUACUCGAAACAGCCCCUACCGCUGGUCUGGAUCUCGCUUUAGGACGGCUAAAGUUAGCACCGAACCGUCCACUCCCUUUUAAAAUUUAAAUUGUCAAGUAAGUUCUUCUUUAAAAGAAGUAAGUUAAAAAUGUUGUUAUUAGAAGUCACUAGAAUACAAAAAGUGAAUAAAUAAAGUGACAUUAAAGAUCUUUAAAGGGAAAAGCGAAUGUCCCGACCAGCUCUAGGGCAGUGCCCGAUGUUAUCGUCAGCUUACGAACGCUCUGGACUAUGCGCCUCUGUCAAAUCCUGCCUCGACUAUGUCAAAAAAAAAACUUAUUUAUUCGAAAAUUAUUUAUGUACAACAAAUUUUUAUUUAUUAUUUAAAAGUGCUUAUCGAUAAUAGUUAAAUCGUACCAGUGUUUUGACUUUUGCUUCACUCAACCUGCCUGCGUUAUUAAUACUCCGUUUGUUAUGGGAUUUUAUUGUUAAGAUAUCGAACGGGCGCGUAGUUAGAAAUGUUUUUCCCAUGUUACUAAAAUACCUAGUGAAUGUACGCGGAAUGAUCCAGUUUUUCUGUAAUUCUACUCGCUGAACAAAAAUGUUGAUAAUAAUAAUGUAGGUAGUUCAAAAUCGCCCCGAAAUGUGUACGUUUACGAACGGGGCGACUGAUAAGGGUUGAACCGCGUGGAUUAUCUCGUUCUAACAAAUGACUGUUCUGAAUGACAGAAGAGAAUAGGAGCGUAGGAAACUGCCAUGCGAUACGACCAGGGGCCUGUUUAAUAAAACUUACAAUUGUAAAUUACAAUGACAAUUUGAUGUACAUUGCGGAGUGUGUGAUCACGAAUAUUUUGCAGUUUCAUAUUAGCCAGGUAAUGAACAUCAAAUUGUGUUGCAAUUUACAAUUGUAAGUUUUUUAAACAGGCCCCUGGCCGUAUCGCAUGGCAGUUUCCUACGCUCCUAUUCUCUUCUGUCAUUCAGAACAGUCAUUUGUUAGAGCGAGAUAAUCCACGCGGUCGGACUCCCAUUCUUUAUCCCACUCUAGCGACUGACGGCUCUGAGUAACAGAAAAAGAUAGAGGCAUAGGAAAGUGCGAUGCGUCGCGGCCAGAUGCUGUUAAACCCGCACGUUUUUUUCCAAGAGUACGUUUAUACCGCUAAAACUGGUUUGUUCUCGAGUAUUAUGCUACUUACAUCCUGAUUUUCUAUUAAGUUCUACCUACGCGCCACAAAUGACCGUACCUUCAUCACGCAGUUGCUUUGCGUAGAGUACGACGGGUGCGAGCGGCGACGGGACGCAACAAGAGUACAAAUUCUGUAUAAGCCCCUACUUGAGUGUUAAUUCUAAAUGUUAAUUUUAAAACACGAAACAGGGACAGGUAUCGUCAGAGUACGAAACUAGUGUAAUGUAGCGCGCGGGCAAUAGUAGUGGCCAACCAGUCAUCUCUGCCUUCGAUGUUGUCUCUUCCUUGGUACCCUAUUGCUACAGUGACUUUUAGUUGCCAUCUUCCGACUGUCUCCGUAGAACCUGCGCACUGUGUACUAACACAGGCUCACUGUAACGAUAGGGUACUCCUAGAUAGUGCGUCGCGAUGUACGCGCGCACAUUAGAUAAGAAAAUGUGUUAUUAGAAAAAUGAAAUCGCAAUAAAUAGUCCCUUGUCGGCAGCGUUCGCCGCCCCACGCCCGUUAAACAACUUAGUCACUGUAAAAAUAUUAGUCCGGCAAUGUAAAAAUAUCAGUUGUAAAUAUUGGAGCCAAAAUUUUUAUACAAAUUAUUUCAUAAAUAUAUUCUUGGACCAAGUUGCGGGCGGGGCGGCGAGGGACGCCGGCCGACUGUGCGAACACGCCGACCUCGGAGCUGUAUUCACUUGAUUAUGGGGGGGGAGGUUAAAAAACCCACACUGAAGCAAUUCACCUAAUAAAGCAAUAUUGCUACUUAACAUUUGUUAUAUUAUACAUAAUAAUGCUUUUUAAAAUGAAUUGCUUCAAUGUGGCCUUAGACCCCCUGGACGAAGCUCUUGACCAACUAACAAAGAAUGUUUACUUUCAAACUUCGAAUUAGUGUCAAGAACUGAAUAUACAGUAAAACAUCGUCUAAUAAUCGAGUGGAGAGGGCUUCGAAUGAUGAAUGUGAACUGUAUCGGCAAGCAGUCAUUCGUUGUCUGAGAGUAGAGGCAUACAUUAGGUACUUUGUGACUACUGCCGAUGUGACUAGGCAGCAUUAUUCAAUGUAAUUGACGAAACGUGGCACAUAUAAUUUACUAUAUGUAAAAAAGUUAUAGAAUUAAUUUAAUAAAAUUAUAAAUAAAAAUC